GGGAGCCACGAUGAACGCCACGCUGUCCUUACUCUUCCUGCUUCUUAUGGCAGUGUUGCUGGCGCUCGGAGCUUCCCUCAGCCACGCCCUGGACCCGCGCUGCCCCGCCAGUACUUCCAUCUCGGGGGCUGAGGAAUCGGCGAACAUUACCACCGUGGAUUAUGGGUGGAACUACAUUAAGGCAUACUUCUUCGUGCACCCCGAUUCAGACUUCAAGGGCGUCAGCCUCGAGGCGGCGGGCGAUGGCUGGCGGCGCGACGCCUGGUUCAUGCUGGAGAACACUUGCUUCCCUCAGAACGAAGAGUGGUGGUGGUUGUGGGCACGUGUAGAAAGACCCCUGAACACAAACAAUGUUCUUAUGCUUAAAGUAUCGGCUGGUAAGUGUAGUACUCAGUGUAAAAUGAAGGGCCACUUCCCUGGUGACCUGAGACUUAUUGUUAUGGCGCACGGGCCCUCAAGGUUGAGAUUUACGGACCCGGACCCAUGCACUGCCGUACUAAUUACACCAGGAGAAUACAUAACGCAAAGCUGCAAAAAUCCUCCAGCCCCGAAACCCGAAGCCUUGUCUUUGUGGUGGUGGGGUAAAAAACACACCACCACCACCACCACCACCACCCUCAGCCCCGCCCUGGACCAGCGAUGCCCCGCCGAUACUACAAUCUCGGGGGGUGAGGAAUGGGCGAACACUACCACCGUGCAAGAAAGGGGGGAAUACCACAACAAAUACUUGUUCGUACAGCCGGAUCCGGGCUUCAAGGGCGUCAGCCUCGUGGCGGCGGGCGAUGGCUGGCGGCACGACGCCUGGUUCAAGCUGAACAAUUCUUGCUUCCCUCAGGACGCACAAUGGUGGGAGUUGUCAGCAUAUGUAGAGAGAGAAAAAAAUAAUGCCUUACUUGUGUUUAGAGUAUCGGUUGGUGAGUGUAGUCUGGAUUGCGUCAGAGAAGGCCGCUUCCCUGGUGACAUAAAUGUUAAUCUUGAGGCUCAGGGGACCUCAAGGUGGAGAUUAGAGGACCCGGGGCCAUGUGGUAUUGAACGCCAUACAGUGCAAUGGUCCUCAAGGAUAAGCUGUAUUAAGCCUCUAGUCCCUAAGACCACCACUACCACCACCACCAAAAUGACGGAGGUAGUCACAGUUGCGGUUGUCAUGAUUGUGGUGAUUAUUGUUGUUGUUGUUGUUGCUGCAGUGUUGGUGGUGGCAAAGAGGUGUAUCCGGCAGCGAGGGCUCCGGGUGCCCCCGUGGCGCGAACUGGCCGCCUCCUGGGGCGUUGGCCACAAGGCUGCGGAGCCGCCCAGGGUCGCCGUGGUGGUUCCGCGCGAGCCGCCACAGCGCGGGCUGGCCGUCUCCUGGGGCGUUGGCCACAAGGCUGCGGAGCCGCCCAGGGUCGCCGUGGUGGUUCCGCGCGAGCCGCCACAGCGCGGGCUGGCCGUCUCCUGGGGCGUUGGCCACAAGGCUGCGGAGCCGCCCAGGGUCGCCGUGGUGGUGCCGAGCGAGCCGCCACGGCGCGGGCUGGCCCCCUCUUGGGACGUCGGCCACAAGGGUGCGGAGCCGCCCAGGGUCGCCGUGGUGGUGCCGCGCGAGCCUCCGCGGCAGGAGCCCGGCUAUCUGUACAUGGGCGGCAAGGAGGACGAGGAACACAUAUACGAGGACAUGCACGCGCUUGCACCCUGCCAACAGUACGAAAAUUUAGGCUUCGAUGAUGACCUCUCCCCGAGGCGCGCCCCCCCGGGCACACCCUCAGGGGUCACGGAGGACGAAGAGAACAUUUACGAGGUGAUCGACGAGCCUGCACCCUGCAGCCAGGACGAGAAUGUAGGCCGCAAUGAUGCUGCUUACCAGCGGCACGCCCCCCGGGGACACCCUGAGGGGUCAAGGAGGACUGAGGGCGUGCCUCAAUGACCUCGCUCCCGGCGCACUGGGGCCACAGCUGCUACAACACCCAGGCCAGCACGCCACGCGCCCCGUCGUGCUGGGGGGAGCCUGGUGGUGAUGAUGAUGACGUUGAGGAGGAAGAGGAGGAGGAGGAGGAGGAGGAGGAGGAGGAGGAGGAGGAUAUUUCUCCUCUCCGUGUGUACAGGAACGCGUCGCCAAGGCGAGAGAAGUCAGGCGCCUGGCGAUGUGUGCUUCGGUGAAUCACUGGGUGGCGCACCUAGUGAUUCACCGAAGCCCACGUAUAGGCCGUGUCCACUUCCUCUUGAACCGAAAACAAAUUUAGAAAAUAUACUUAGAAUAAAUAUUGAAACUUGGUGGCCAGAAACAGUCCUUCAUACGAGAGUGUGUUAUGUUCACAGAGGCCAAGCCCCGCCCGCAGACACGAGGCACGGCCACAGACACCACAGACUAUGGAAAACACCGUUACAGUUAGACUGUGUGAACAAACACGGACACACACUUACUGUGUCAAUCCAGUGUGUGUGUGUGUGUGUGUGUGUGUGUGUGUGUGUGUGUGUGUGGUGGUGGUGGGUGGGGGUGUCCUCCGCCUCGCCUGAUCCUCCCCGCCGGUGUUCAUGGACGGCCGUCACAACGAUCUCUCUCAUCUGUUUCCUGCUGCUGCUUGACGCUUUGUGCCGCAUACUUGUGCGCGUGUUGCUGGCGUGUUCCGUGUGUUUAUUGUGCUAUAUAAUUAUACAGGUGUUGCUGGCGUGUUCUGUGUUUAUUGUGCUAUAUAAUUAUACAGGUGCUGCUGGCGUGUUCUGUGUUUAUUGUGCUGUAUAAUUAUACAGGUGUUGCUGGCGUGUUCUGUGUGUUUAUUGUGCUGUAUAAUUAUACAGGUGUUGUUGGCGUGUUCCGUGUGUUUAUUGUGGUGUAUAAUUAUACAGGUGUUGCUGGCGUGUUCCGUGUGUUUAUUGUGCUGUAUAAUUAUACAGGUGUUGCUGGCGUGUUCCGUGUGUUUAUUGUGCCGUAUAAUUAUACAGGUGUUGCUGGCGUGUUCCGUGUGUUUAUUGUGCUGUGUAAUUAUACAGGUGUUGCUGGCGUGUUCCGUGUGUUUAUUGUGCUGUGUAAUUAUACAGGUGUUGCUGGCGUGUUCCGUGUGUUUAUUGUGCCGUAUAAUUAUACAGGUGUUGCUGGCGUGUUCCGUGUGUUUAUUGUGCUGUAUAAUUAUACAGGUGUUGUUGGCGUGUUCCGUGUGUUUAUUGUGCCGUAUACUUGAACGCGUGUUGUUGGCGUGUUCCGUGUGUCUAUUGUGCUAUAUAAUUAUAUAGGUUUUAUUCUCGUAUUCUGUGAGUUUAUUUGAACUAUAUAAUUAUACAGGUUUUGAUGUCGUAUUCCCUUAAAGCUACAAGUUAACUGAGUUUUCCCGUCACCGGUGUCCUGUCACUAGUGUGUAGACUUUACCAAUAAAAGAUCAAGAAGUGUU